AUGUCCUCGUGCGGAGCGAGACCAGCGGGACCUGCUGGUGACAAAGGCUAUUCCCCGUGCCGACGGGUGGACCGACCAUCAUUUCGCCAUCUCCAAGAUGCGGAUUCGCCUACAGCCUCACAGGAAACCUCAGGGUAAGCGGACCCCAGGUAGGCUGAAUGUCGUUUUGUUGUCUUUGUCUGCCCACCAUCUCUAUUUCUGCAGUGAGCUAGCUCAACGGCUAGCCAGCCCUCUAGUCGCUGCCGCCGUCGCGGCCGCCACUGCCGCCGUCGCUGAUGAGAAUGCCUCCGUGGAGAACCGAUGGUGUCAACUGCAGGACACAGUCCAAUCGAUGGCCCUGACCGUCCUUGGUCACACACGACGCCAACAUCAGGACUGGUUCGAUGACAAGGAUGCUGACAUCAGCAACCUGCGCUCUGAGAAGAACCGCCUGCACAAAGCCUACGACAAUCGCCCCAUCGACUCUAGCAAAGCAGCUUUCUACCGUAGUCGCCGCCUUGUGCAACAGCGGCUGCGGGAGAUGCAGGACGUUUGGACGGCUCCAAGGCCGAGGAGAUCCGAGGUUACAGGGACCGCAACGAAUGGAAGAAUGUCUUCUCCGUGA